ACUCACACGCAGAUUGGAUGAAAUGAUGACACCUGAUUGGUUGUUCACGCUAAUGUCCCAUUGGCUUCCUGAAUGAGGAACUGUGACCAAUAAGAGCGUUCGCUGCUGGAGCCUCACAGUUGUCAUUUGGUUAAUUUUAUUCCUCUCCCAUGUGGCUAAGCUAAACAUAAACAUUUUAGUAAAUUUCGUUCCAUCUGUAAAAAAUAGACUGCUCCACACGAAUACGAAUUCCUGCAUCUUAGAUUUGUAAUUUUGGGAUGCAGUUUUUAACAUGCUCACCAAGAUGGUUUCACUUAUGGCACAACUAGUUUUUUACCUAUUCAAAACGACUGAAACAAAAUGGCCAGUUUUAAUGUUUUGUCCUCUAAACAUAGUGCCCCUGUUCCUGAGCGAUGCAGCUUUAAUAUGUGCUGCUUUAUAUCGUUACACGUGAAGUUAAUACACUGUGCGUGGUAAUUUGGAAAGAUUCUCCUAAAAGAAACCAGACUUCUGGUUUUGAGAACAAAACCACAAUGUUUCUAAAACGUGAACAAUAAACAUGGCUUCCAGACUAAAGCUUACACAGCACCAGACUGACCGCCAUUCAUUAUUAAACGAAAAUAGCUUUAUAUGUCACGUUAAAAGACAAAAGCUUUACAAAUGACAUGUUUUCUAUUUUUAAACGCAUUUAAAUAUUUAAAAAAACACAACGAAAGUUAUGCAAAUGCAUUUUACAUGAAAAGCACAAAACUCGUAUAACAAAACGAACUGUGGAGCAGCGGAUGGGUUGUCUGCGCCUGCUGUGCUUUAGUUUUGCCCGGUACACACAUUACCCUCAUCGCAAGACAAUCCUGUCAGUGUUAAAGCUGCACCUGGGGUCUCCUUCCGUAUUUUACUCCAGUAUAGAACUAAUAGAGGUCUUGAGAAUUACUUUACAGAUGUUAAAACGUUAACUGGGGGGGAGCGAGUGUCUGUUGACUGCUAAGAUAAGGUGGGUUUAGUUUGGCUGUGUAUGUCUCAACAUCGUGAGGUGAGGGGAAGGUGUUUUUGCACUCGGGCAAGAUGCUUUCAAUACAUGUAUACAGGAGUAACAAACAGCUAAAACAGCUUAAAAACAUUACGUUUUCCUUCUCAGACAUUCCCGCUGUAUAAAUACAGUAAAAUAAAGCCUGAUUUAGACAUUACCAAACAUAUACAGUUGUAAAAUGCAAUAGUCGCGCACUAAAUUAAAGCAGCCUUCGUUUUUUUAUCGAUUGAUUUCAGUUAUUAACAAAUAUUCUUCCUGUAGUCCAUACGAGCGAACGCUUGGACCCAGACACUACAUCUCCCAAGGUCCCCAGCGGUAGCCCCCCGGUCUGUUUCCCGUUCCCCGUGCCAGGCGCAAGCGCACUUCGAGUAAGAAUGCGGACCUCGACGUGUAGACAACAAUAAUAAAGGAAGAGUGGCGCUGAGAGAGAAGGGAAUAUGUCGAAAGGCCCCGCGCCAGCGAGCUCCUCCUCGGGGGCUAUCGCCGCAGCUGGAUCCGCCGCACCCACGACCUCCGCCUCCUCUGCAGCCGCAGGCUCGGCGUCUCCCGCCAGCGUGCUGCACGCACAACCCGAGAAACCGCAGCACUACACGUACCUGAAGGAGUUUCGGACAGAGCAGUGCCCCCUGUUUGUGCAGCAUAAGUGCUCUCAGCACCGGCCCUUCACCUGCUUCAACUGGCACUUUGUCAACCAGCGCCGGCGCCGGCCGGUGCGCCGCCGCGACGGCACCUUCAGCUACAGCCCCGACAUCUACUGCACCAAGUACGAGGAGAGUUCGGGGACCUGCCCCGAGGGGGACGAUUGCCCCUUCCUGCACCGCACAGCGGGCGACACGGAGAGGCGCUACCACCUGCGCUACUACAAGACCGGCACCUGCAUCCACGAGACCGACGCCAAGGGUCACUGCAGCAAGAACGGCCCCCACUGUGCCUUCGCUCACGGGCCGCAGGACCUGCGCACUCCUGUCUAUGAUAUUAGAGAGCUGCAAGCUAUGGAGGCAGUGCAGAACGGGCAGGGCACCUCUGAAGGGGGCGGGGAGGGACAGCCUGGCAUCGCUACCAGUUACGCCCUCAUCGAGAAGAUUCUGAGCGAAGAGCCUCGGUGGCAGGAGAACACCUACGUCCUCUCCCAUUACAAGACGGAGCUGUGCAAGAAGCCCCCCCGCCUCUGUCGCCAAGGUUACGCCUGCCCCUACUACCACAACAGCAAGGACCGCCGCCGCAGCCCCCGCAAGCACAAGUACAGGUCCUUGCCCUGCCCUUCUGUGAAGCACAGUGACGAGUGGGGCGACCCCAGCAAGUGCGAGAGCGGCGACGGCUGCCAGUACUGCCACACGCGCACCGAGCAGCAGUUCCACCCCGAGAUCUACAAGUCCACUAAGUGCAACGAUAUCCAGCAGUCUGGCAGCUGUCCUCGUGGGCCCUUCUGUGCCUUUGCCCAUGUUGACCAGCCUAGCUGCAGCGAGGAGGCCCAGCUGUCUUGCCCAUCGCCCAGCUCCAUGCCGGGCUCUGUGCCCCUCUUCCCCACUGGGGCAGUGGAGGAGUCAGGCCCGGGCAGUCCCAGCAGCGCCCACAGCACAGAACUCCACGCUGUCCUAUCCAGUAGCUGUGGCACCAUGAGCUCCUCUGUACUUUCUGCCUCAGAGCACAGUAUGCUGGGAAGAGUGCUGUACCCGGAGUCUAGUAGCCUGGAGGCCCCUCUGUCCUGCUGGAUGGGCAGCGGAUAUGGCAGAGCACCAGGGUUCGAGCGUGAAGACCAGGCAAAGCAGAAACCUCAUUUGCUGGAACAGCGCAGCAGGGAGUCAAUACAGGCACAAGGCAAACAGGACUUCAUGGGGCUCCUCCCUGUGGGCAGCCCCCUCACUUCUAGUAUCUCCUCCAGCAUGACGUCCAGUCUGGCCACCACCCCGCCCAGCCCCGCUCCCCCAGGCAUCUCCUCAGGCAUGAACGCCAAUGCCUUGCCCUUCUACCCCACCAGCGAUACUGUGGAGUCGGUCGUGGAGUCAGCUCUGGAUGACCUGGACCUGAAUGACUUUGGCAUGGCGGCGCUGGAGAAGAGCCUGGACAGCGGUACUGCAGUGCCCAGCGCAGGCAUCAUGCUCGGAGGCAGCCUGCUGCAGAGCUCAGCGCCGGUCAACAUACCGGGCUCCCUCAGCAGCUCUGCCUCUUUCCACUCCACCUCUCCAUCACCACCAAUGGGAGCGCUUUCUUCCCACUUCCUGUCUUCCCACCUCCCACAGCCAGGCCAAUCGGAGAGCACCUUCCUGGGAGCGUCACACAGCUCUCUGGGGCUGAAUGGGAUGAGCAGCAGUAUCUGGGAGCACUUCCCACCAGGGCAGGGCUCGCCUGGCACCCCCCCAGCCUUGCUUUCGGGAGGGGGAGAGCUGGCCCGCCUGCGGCAUGAGCUGGACGAGGCCCAUGGUGCCCUCAAACAGUGGCAGGAAUCAUGGAGGCAGGCCACCCAGGCGUGUGAGAUGUGGAAGAGCGAGGUGGGGGAGGCUCGGGAAGCAGCCCUUCGACUGGGACGGGAGGGGGCCCUGGCGCAGGAGCAGAGGGAGGCUGCCGAGCGGCAGUCCCAGCAGCUGGAGGAGGAGCUGGGGCGGAUAGCAGGUGGGCAAGAGCCCCUGGCGCUGCAUGGCUACUCGGGACUCAACAGCCUGCCCCUGGCCGCGCUCUACAGCCUGCAGGCGCAGCUGCUCAGCGCUUUGGAACGAGUGGAGCAGGCUGUAUUCCAGCAACAGAAGAUGAAAUGUCUGCGGUGCCAGGAGGGGGGACGGGUGACAUUGCCGUGCCAGCAUGGGGCAUUGUGUGAGGCUUGCUCCUGCACUCAGGAAUGCCCGGUGUGUGCCCCUCCCCGAACUCUGAGCCUGCAGUCCUGACUGCUCCUGCGACAGCCGGCUCCAUGCCGGGCCGGAGCGUGACUGUCCUGUCAUACUCCGGCCGGCGCAGAUUCCAGCUGUGCAUUGGCACAUCCUGUCACAAGCAGCGGCCAGCAUUCCCUUUCUCACUGCAGAACCAACAAACAUUUUCAUCUUUGUAUUCUUUUUUCAGAAUUUUUAAUGGGUCUAAACGCAGACACAUAAUAUCACCAGAUUCAUUGAAAGGAGAUUGCAUGAGAAGAAUUGUGCUUUAUCUCAAAAUCAUUAAAUCUCAACAUAUCCACAGUAUUGAACUGGUAGUAAUCUGGAUCCAUUCGGUCAAUUAUUUUUCUGUGUAAUGCAUUGUUGCAUUUUGUUAUGUUUCAUAUUUUGUGAAAAGAUCUGAGCAUGAGAACAAGAUUUCUAGAUGAACUUGUUAAAAACUUUGUAAAUAUUUCUUUUCUGGUAACUUAAAGGUUUGAAUUUAUUGAAGUUCACACCUAUGGAGAUCAGUUGGUGUUCAUCCUUUUGUCCAUAGGGACAUUUCUCAUUGAUUUGAUCACUUUUACUGUUUUUUAGAAUUACUUCUUUUUUUUUCUUCCUCCAUCCUCAAUACUGGAAUCUACAGUUCUUGUUCAGAUUCUUGUGGCUGCCUGAGUUUUGUUCUGCCUGAAGUGGUUAGGAUAAUUGAACCCUUUAAUUGAACAUUUUUUCUGGAAAAGGUGUGGGUGAAUGAAUCUUGUUCAAAGCACAGGCGUAUUCCUGUAUUCCAGCAAACAUGUACACCGUUAGGCACAUUCAAACCCACCUGCUUCAAGAAGACAGAUAGCAUAUAUUCCCCGUGUGACAUUGCAACAGUGAAGCACUGAAAGGAGUUUAGGGAGCCCAUCCAACAGCUGCAGCAACAGGGGUGCUGAAGCGAAGACUGACUGUAGUCCACCCAGACUUCUGAAGGUGUGGCAGAUUUCUAACAAACAUCUCUGAGGUCUCAGAGCAACGAGACUGCAUUCCAGUCUGAGUUGUGGCCUUACAGAGUGAGGCAGACAGCAGGCUUCUCUCCUGUGUGGCUAAGAAUAAUUAGUUUUAGAAGGAUCCCUUAGAAAAUUGAUAUUGUUACCAGCUCCACUUAAAACCAUUAUGCUUGAAUCAUUUCAUUCAGUAAUGUUUCAGAGGUUCUCUUCUGGCACAUGUUUCCUGACAGUGCAGCCCAGAGAUGAAGUGACCGAGUGUUCAGUUCUCAGACAGAUCAUCUCCUUACAUGUUUUUAUGCUUACUUCGUAUGGCAGAUUUGCCUGUCUGGAUUGUGAAUGUGCCUGUAUGUGAAUGUCAUUUUGUAUACAGGUCUUUACAGGGAGAUAAAAUAGGGACAUUUAAGCCCUAUGUAAACACUUCAAGAUCUAGAAUUAAAAGAGCUGUAACUUUCAGUCCUAGUUAUACUUGUGUGUAUGUGUCCACCUUUGCUAGGAUGAGUGUAUGACUUGAUUCGUCAGGACGUUUUGAAAAAGGAUAGGAUUUUAAAUGUUCCUUAAACUGAAAAAAAAUAAACUUAAAGUUUAAUUAAAGUUAAAAAUUACCCUUUACACAUUCAAUGAAAUGAAAAUUGGUGCUGAAUUAUUGCAGCAAAAUUGUAACUGAUUAUUGACUUUUUUGUGCCAUAGAUAGGACAGAGUGAGCAGAUCUGCAAAGUUAGAGAUCUGUUUUGGAGGGGCAUUAUAAAUUUGCUUUUUUUAUAAAAUGUAUUUAUAGUAAAUAACCUUUUAACUGCAAAAAAUAGUGAAACAAAAUAUACUUUGGGAAUGGUUUUUAUCAUUAAUUAUCUGCUGGUAAUUAAGCAAUAGGGCUCAUUUAAGAGGUAUAAAGCUUAAUAUAAAACUUAAUUUCAAUUGAAUAAGUCAUUUUAAAAUCCUGUCCUAUCUCAGUAUCCAAGUAUCCAUUUGAAUCAUACGGUCACACCCAUAUGGUUUGAUGCUCAUAUGCAAAGCUGCACUGAUUGGUAAUUGUGAGUUUUCUGAUAAGGGUGUAAGCAACUAUGGAAUUUGCACCUGGAUGAAUAUGUAAUGCAGAAGCACUAAAUUAAAAAAUGGCGAAGGAGGAAGGGACAUUUGAAAACGUGCUUUUUGCUCUCAGGUCUUAAUUUGCUGGUUCUAAUUAAAUGCAAAAGUGCAUUUAAUUAAAAUAGUAAUGGUCUUCUCAUUAGACAGCCAACGUUUACACAUCAAUGUACAAGUUCUAGGACUGGCCUCAGCAGUUGAUUAUUUACAGCUCCACUUUGUAGACCAAAUCCAUAUUUUUUCCUAUGUAGCUCUAGGCCUAGGAUUUUCACAACUUUAUCCACCCCACAAAUGACCAGUUUCUGUUACCCAAUGCCUUCUGACUCCAGUAUAACUGAAAGCUGCCAUCUGGUGUGGGUAGUGGGAUUUACAGGUAGGUUUAACUUGAUUUAAUCAGUCAUAGGAGGAUGCACUAAGCAUGUAAUCAGACAUCUUUGUUCUUUAUUGCAAUCGUGCUGCAGUUUGCAAGAUGGCUCGUCUUCUAUUGAAAGACACAAAUCAGAAAAUCAGUAGGAAGUGCCCUUAACACUGUCUGGAGGAGACAAGAUAUUCCACUUGAAUCUGGAAGAACCAGAGGCAUUCUUUUCAUUACUGAGCAUGAGGUUAUGUAGCUAUGUAUGAAAUACUCUGCUUUACUUUAUUUUAGCUAAACACUCUGUUGUUAAGAAGACCUAUCAGUCUAUGUCUAUUUUUAUUCCUCCCCAAACCUUUAUACAUGCUUAUCUGUGAUCUUUUUCUAAUCUUUGUGUUUGUCCAGAUGUUCAUUAGACACACAUAUAUUUCCUCUUUAUGCAGGGAGUUUGAAAACUCUUUGCUGAGCAGUGCUAGAAACAAAAUGGGCUCCAAGAGCAGAACUUGUUCAGAAAUGCUUGGACUUUUUUGUAGAAGAAAAUAAAAUAUAUUUUUUGCUAAUAAGCUU